AUGAAAUUGGCAUUAGGUUUAUUCCUCACACUUGCAAUAGCAAGUAAUUUUGGCUCUCGUUUCUUUGGUUAUUUAGCCAUGGGCGAUUUGCUUGUAUCGGGACAGAUGAACAAUUCACCCUAUACUAUGACAUUAAGCAAAAUGAACACAAAAAUUACUAAUAAUGAACUUAAUGACAAACAAGAAGAACAGAACAAAAAUCUCAGGAGAAAAAGACAAGAUGAUUCGUCAGAUGAUGUCAGUAGUAGUGACUCCGAUAUUCCAUUCACAAGUAAUGGUGAUGAUAAAACGAUAGAUGACCAAGUGUCCUAUGAAGACUCCGAUGGUAAUGCAGCACCAGGCAAUGCAGCACCAGGCAAUGCAGCAAUAGGCUAUAAUGUAUUCGAUAAUGCCCCAGGCAAUGAUGAAUUCACUAAUGCCCCAGACAAUGAUGAAUUCGCUAAUGCCCCAGGCAAUGAUGAAUUCGCUAAUUCCCCAGGCAAUGCAGCCCCAGACUAUGAUGAAUUCGCUAAUGCCCCAGGCAAUGAUGAAUUCGCUAAUGCCCCAGGCAAUGAUGAAUUCGCUAAUUCCCCAGGCAAUGCAGCACCAGACUAUAAUGAAUUCGCUAAUGCCCCAGACAAUGCAGCACCUGACUAUAAUGAAUUCGCUAAUGCCCCUGGCAAUGCAGCACCAGACUAUGAUAAAUUCGCUAAUGCCCCUGGCAAUGCAGCACCAGAUCAUGGAGAACACGCUGGGGCAUCAAUAAUAUUUAAUGGAUCGAAUGAAUCCAAGGAUUGUAAUGGCGAAAAAAAUGGAAACAUAUGGAGAACUGAAUGUAUAUUUGAUGAUAAGGAAAGAAAUAAUAACAUUAAUAGAAAAUGGAAUGGGAAAAUUAAUUUUACUAUUAAUGAAAAGAAUGCUCAAGAAGUAGGACAUAAUAUGGUUUUUCAUUUAAAUAUUUCUUUGAUUCCGGGCAUGCAACAAGAAUACUUAAAAAACAUUUACACCGUUUUAACAGAUUUAAAAAAAUUGCUUGAAAAUGCUCAAAAAAAGGAAAAUUAA